GCAGAUAAAUCUGACAAUCUGGCAACGCUGUGCUGAAUGCACAUUAAAUAAUAAUAAUAGCAUAAUCUAUCCAAUUUCAUCACACAAAGCUCGGCAGCUAAUCGUAUUUAUUCAUAAUGCCAGUCGAUCAAAAACGAAUAAAUGGCCCAGAAGGAUCCGUUCCUUAUCAGAUGUUUGAAAAAUUUUGGAACAAACCAUUUGAGGAACGCAUAAACGAUGUUUUUGAUUCUACUGGUAGAAGGAAAUGUGGCCGUGGAGAGAAUGAAAGCCGAAAGUACUUUGCGAAGCUCGGUGUUGUUUCAACUGCCAAAGGAUCAGCUUAUCUUGAGUUGGGUAAUACAAAAGUGAUUGUUUCCGUAUUUGAUCCUCGGGAAAUUCCAAAGCAGAAUAAAUUCAGAGAACUGGGGGAGUUGUACUGUGAUUUCAAAUUCUCUCCGUUUGCGUGUACUUACCGCAAGAAUCCUCAAACGGAUGCCGAAGAGCGAUCAUUGGCUGCAGCAAUGAAAAAAGCUUUGCAACCAGUAGUCUGUCGGCAUUUGUUUCCAAACUUUCAAAUCGAUAUAUUUGCUAACGUACUAGAAGAUGAUGGUUCGGCUCUAGCUGCUGUUAUCACGGCUGCAGGACUUGCCUUGAGUGACGCUACAAUUUCAAUGUUUGAUAUUAUAACUGCUACAACAGUAGGUAUAUUUGAAGACAAGAUUUAUUUGGAUCCUACACUUUUUGAGGAAAGAAUCUGUUUGGAAGGCAGCAAGUUAGGACAUCAUGGAGUUAUCACACUUGCUAAGCUACAAACCUUGGAUCAGACGUCGGAAUUGCGGCAAACCGGUAAUAUUUCUCUUGGUGUUUUGAAGUUAGCUUGUAACAGAUUAAAUCAAGCUAAUAAUGAUAUAGCACCUAUCGUUCAGCAGAUUCUUCUUUGUAAAGUCCAGAAUCAUUUAAAUGAAAUCGAUUUGGAGGAAGAAGAUGAAUCGAAUGAUUCAGAAAAGAAUGGUUUGGAUGAUUCUAGUAUAAGUCAGCUAUCUGUAAAUGUAGAUACUUGAGAAAUAAAAAACAAGU